AUGUCGAUGGGGCAACAGAUAUGGAUAUAUUCGGGGCAUUUCAGUUAUGCUCUCUCGGUAUCCUCGCUGCGCCUGUGGCUGCGCGAUACGAGUGCCGAUCUCGUUGGUUCUGCUCGAUUCCCCCACGGCCCUCGCACGACUUGCGGCCUCACUUGUUCAGCGGCAGAUGGGCCAUUUUCGGCUCUGCGGCGCGGUGCUGCCAACAAUAUUUAUGUUAUCCCAGCACCCGAAUCGCUCAAUUUUCACACGGCAACCCUCUUCUCGGCAGGCUGUUGCGUGCAUGCUGGUGUGUGCUUACUGUACAUGAUGAAUAAAAUUUUACGCGAGAAGGCGCUUCGCGUCCAAACAGAUGCAGAUAGCUCCCGCGACGGUGCCCAAGACGAGGAGAGGCAACUUAGCGGUGAGGGUAGAAUGGAUUUCAUUCAUGGAGGUGUGGCCACGGCCCACAGACCUGCACAAGACGCAACGACCCUAGACCUUGAGGAGAGGCAUGGUGGGGCGUUCAAACACAUUUUCCGAAUGCAAAGCAUCCCCAGAGAGACAGUCGUUACAAUCCUCAACACUGUUCUUUUUGGAGGGGCCGGCCUAGGGGUGCUUGCUGUUGGGGAGCGCAACUUCCACUCCGCUCAGCUAUUAUACGAGACUGAGCCAUUGUCCAGCAUAGGCAGGUCUGACUCUUAUUUUCAAGGCCAGUGGUCCUCUAUUGUCACCGCUGUUCUCGCCGCCCUCGGAUCCUUGUACAUUCCCAUUCACGCCGACAUGAUGGCGGUGAAGAAUAAAGCAACUCGAGACCUAGAUCCAGAUCGGACCUACAAGGUUGCCGCCUUUCUUUGCAAGUGGCAGGGCGUCUUCAACAAACAGAUGGUUGGCCUGAUCCUGAACAAACCCAACCCUGCACCUGGGAUCCCUCGAGUGCCAGCAGAAGAGAGGCGAAAUCCCCGCUUGUCGGAGACCCAUGAUGUACCUGCAAGGUCUAGAAGAUCGAGCACCGCAGCCAGUCAUGCAGACUUCGUCAUGAGUGGCGGCAACGGCCACGGCCUAGAGAGACUACCGUUGCGGCAGGCAGCGACUGAGCCUUCGCCUCCGCAUCCAAGACAAAGAUCUGACUUUUUGGAUGUUACAUGUCCCUCGGUACUUUGA